GUGUGAUGGGCGCUGCUUCUGUCGCUGCAGGUCUGCGAGCAGCUGGGACUUCGGUUUUGCCAGGAUGACGGCCUGGGUGCCUUCCGAUGCGCUGGGUCGUAGAGUCUUGUGUGGCACAGAGUAUGCAACUGUGCGCUAUGUUGGCAGCGUUCCUUCUACAGCAGGAAUUUGGCUUGGUGUGGAAUGGGAUGAUCCUCAGAGAGGAAAGCAUAAUGGUACCUAUGAAGGAACACAGUAUUUUAAGUGCAGGCAUCCUAGAGGAGGAUCAUUUAUCCGGCCAAACAAGGCAAAUUUUGGAGUAGACUUUCUUACUGCAGUAAAGGAUCGCUAUGGAUUGAAUGAUGAGCAAGAUGUUCAACGUGGGACAGAGAAUACACUAGUAUUUGGAAAGAAGGCCGUGGAAUUUGUUGGCAUGGAUUCUAUUGCAGAACAACAAAGCCAGCUGAACCAACUGGUGGAUAUCUCUGUGCGUGAGUGUGCAGUGAGCCAUGCUGGUCAGAAAGAGGAAAUCAGCAGAACAUGUGCUAAUAUCAGGCAUAUAAAUCUAUCAAAAAAUCUGAUAUCAUCUUGGGAGACAGUAACAGUUAUUGCUUCUCAAGUUCAAAAUCUGGAAACACUUAAUAUCAGUGAAAACAAAAUGAAGUUUCCAUCUACAUCAACUUCUGCAUCCAGUGUAUUCUCAAAAUUGAAGAUUCUGGCACUUAAUCAAACUGAGAUAACAUGGGCAGAGGUUCUUCUUUGUGCUCCAGGAUGGCCAGCACUUGAAGAAUUGUACCUUACUUCUAAUAAUAUUACAAUUUUGGAAAGGCCCGAUGAGAACGUCCUGCAGACCCUGAAGUUGUUAGACCUUUCAGACAACCAGUUGCUGGAUGGAAAUCAGCUGCAUCUAAUAGCACAUCUUCCCAGAUUAGAACACCUAAUACUUAGAAACAGUGGAAUAUCUUCUAUGCACUUUCCUGAUGCUGGAUUUGGAUGCAAGACUAAAAUGUUUCCUUCACUAAAACGCCUUGCAAUAAAUGACAAUAAAAUAUCACAGUGGUCAUCUAUCAAUGAGCUUGAUAAACUGCCAAGUUUGCGGUCACUGCAGUGUCACAAUAACCCCUUCAUGGACACAGAGAAGAACCCAGAGACCCUGAGACAGCUGAUUAUUGCCAAGAUAAGUCAAUUGGAGGUUUUGAACAAGUCUGAGAUCCUUCCCACUGAAAGAAAAGGAGCAGAGCUUGAUUAUCGCAAAAUAUUUGGUAACGACUGGUUAGCAGCUGGUGGGAAUUGGAAUCCAGAGAAAAACAAACCAAGUGAAGAAUUUCUUGCUGCCCAUCCCAGAUACCCGUCGCUUUGUCUUAAAUAUGGUGCACCGGAAGAAGGAGAGCUGAAGGGACGACAGCCUUUGACUCUGAAAAAUCAGCUUCUGACUUUGACAAUUAAAUGUCCUGAGAAACCUGAACAGAAGCCAGUAGAGAAAAAGCUACCAGUCCAGCUUGAAGAUUGAAAGUUGAUGCUUGUCUUAUUGACCACUGCUGGUUUCAUGAUUCAUCUGUCUGAGGCAAUCAAAGGCUAGUUAUUAACUGGUAUGAAAUCUGGUGGAUGUGUUAACAAGAUAACAAGAACAUGAAGUUGUAAGAGCCAACUACGUAGUCUGCAAUUCUCAAUACUGAGAUCUAGUAUCUGAUACAUUGUUAGAAAUCUAAUUCUGACCAGUAACAAACUUGUCUUUUCAAGUUUUAGUGCCUGUAGUGCGACUAGAAUGAAAAGACACGGUUCUAAACCAAACUGAUGUUUUGGAAAGAUGUGUCAGAAUGGAGUCUGAGAGAAAAGACAUACUCAAGCUUUAUUCUAAAAUAAAAAUCACAUUUAUUAUCACAAGUUGCAUAAAAUCAGAUAGAUACAGCUUUUACAAAAAUGUUUGAUAGAAAAAUAUUUGUCUAAAUACAAUGUGUGGUAUUACAGGAAUAACUCACUAUUGCUGUGCCUUUAGAUAAAGCUUCAAAAGAAGUGAAAGUUCAACCAAAAUAUUGAGUAGAUCUAUUGCAAACCCAGGUAUCACCUCUGGAACAAACUACAUUUACUCAUUCAAAUCCAUUACAAAAAAAUAUCCCUUUGUGUAACUGACUUCAUAAUAUAAACCACUCUACAACUCUGCUGGCGAUUUUUUUGGGACUAAUUAAUGUAAUACUCUUUCUAAUGGCACUAGUUCCACAGUGACAUUCAUUUAUUUGUGCCAGGAAAGCCAAUUCCUGGUAAUGAAAACCUCAAGGAACAGCUGCCAGAUGCAAGUAGUCAGAACCUGACUAGUCUGUGUCCCAAAGGUCACUUAGUUUAGCAGGUAGUAAAUACAAACUCAAAAAAAGGUAAAUUAUGAAGCCGUAAGACUUUAAUUUGGCAUAUGGGAUCAAAGCGCUUAAACAGUAGUAGCGUAUCCUGUCCUAUCCCCCAGAGAUUAAACAGUCUUCAAUUUGCUAUUAGCAGUUAUGGUUUCAGGUACAAAAGACAUUAUUGCAGUGUUAGAACUGAAGCAGCAAUACAGCCUUUCACUGUUGCUGUAAGCAAGUAUAGCUGACACACCAGUACUUUGCUACAGCUCAGUGGUAGCAGCAUUUUUCUAAUAACUUUUCUUUCUUUCUUUCCCCUUGCUAGAGUCUAUGACUAUUCAGAGGGUCAAAGGACUGCUGUAUCGCCUACUUAAAAUUCCUGGCUCAGAAUUGAAACUGUCCUACGAAAGC